GUGGAAUAUAAUCAUGAUGAUAUGUAGGAGUACUCUGUGCAGGUGAUCUGAAAGUGGACCCUGGAACUUUGGAUAAAGAGUAUGAUUUGAAAUCCUGAACAUGGAUUUUUCACGUCUCCACACGUACACUCCUCCUCAGUGUGUGCCAGAGAACACUGGCUACACGUAUGCACUCAGUUCAAGCUAUUCUUCUGAUGCCCUGGAUUUUGAGACUGAACAUAAAUUAGAUCCUGUGUUUGAUUCUCCAAGAAUGUCACGCCGAAGCUUACGUUUGGUCACUACAGCAUACACCAGUGAUGAUGGUCAGGUGGAAAACACUCACUCGUACACUAGAAAUACAGCUUACAAAGACAAAAUAUCAAAGACAUCAAAACAGCAUAGAAACACAAACAAACAGUCUUUGGCUAUAACUCGUACUCCAAGAAAAGCUACUUCCAGCUCCUCCCUUCUCAGCCAGAGUACCCUUAAUAGCCAUGCUAGUGAAACAUCUUUAAGAUCCUCUGUCCUGGAUGAGUCUUUAAUUCGUGAACAGACCAAGGUUGACCAUUUCUGGGGUCUUGACGAUGAUGGUGAUCUUAAAGGUGGGACUAAAACUGUCAUUCAGGGAAAUGGUGACCUAGCAACAGGAGGAACAGAUACAACCUUGGUCAAUGGUUAUACAUGCACUGAUUGCAGUAUGCUUUCUGAGAGAAAAGAUGUCCUCACAGCCUACUCUACUUCCCAUGUGCCAUCUUCAAGAAUUUAUUCUAGGGAAAGGAGUCAAAAACGAGGUGCAUCUCUCUACAUGAAUAGGAUUUUACGUCUGGCCAAACACACAGCGGCAUCUUUUUCAUCACUCUUAGUUCAACUUUUUCAAGUUGUUUUAAUGAAGUUGGGUUACGAAUCAGAGAAUCACAAAUUGAAAAAUUAUGAAUUUAAAGAUUGUGAAUCAAAAAGUUAUAAGACAAAAAGCCAUGAAUCAAAAGCUCAUUCGAAUUACUGUGGGAGUAUGAAUGUAAAAGAGUUUCUCAGAGAGGAUGGUCACCUCAGUGUAAAUGGGGAAUCACUGUGUGAUGACUGUAAGGGGAAGAAACAUCUUGAAACAUAUACAACAACCCACUUGCAAUCUUCAAGGUCAAAAAGGGUAGCAAGGACCAUUUGGCACAACUUUUCUUACACAGGUUACUUUUUGAUGCAAACACUGCAAAGGAUUGGAGCAACAGGAUGGUUUGUGUCCAAGAAGGUGUUGUCGUUUCUUUGGUUGGCCAUUGUUUCUCCAGGGAAGGCAGCCUCUGGAGUAUUCUGGUGGCUAGGAACUGGAUGGUAUCAAUUUGUUACUUUGAUUUCUUGGUUAAACGUAUUUCUACUUACAAGGUGCCUUCCAAAAAUUUGCAAGUUGUUACUGUUACUUAUCCCACUUUUACUUUUGCUAGGGAUAGGUCUUUAUUUAUGGAACAUGGAAAGUUUUCUUUCACUCUUGCCUAUAUUUAAUUGGACAACCAUACACAGAACACAGAAAAUAGAUGAGUCCAGAUACUUCUUUAAGCCUGAUUCUUCUCAUGUUAAUCAGCCUGUAGAGGGUGAUGUUAAAUUUUUUGACUGGCAUCGAAUAGGUGAAAUAGAAAAACAGAUGGCCCUUUUGUCUGACAGAUGCCACAACUCUGAUGAAGAUUAUGGAAAAGUGACCCUGCUACUUCAGAAACUACAAGCCAAAGUAGAGCAGAUGGAUGAUGAUAGUGGAACAUUGUCUUUGAUUAAAAAUACUGAUUUUCUGGCUUUCCAUCAAGAACAUGAAUUGAGAAUAUUGAAGCUGGAAGAUCUUCUUGGAAAACUGUCUGAAAAGUCCAAGAUUAUCCAGGAGGAAUUAGAUCAGACGAAGUCAAGAACCUUUAGUGGAAUUGAUGAACAACAACAUCUUCUAUCCAAGGUUAAGCAUCUAGAAAUGGAACUGGGUCAUUUAAAAUCAGAAUUAUUAACUUGGCAAGGCUUGAAGACUAGCUGUGCGAAAGUAGAGACAAUGCAUGAAAAAGUAGAUACCCAGAUCAGAGAAACUAUCAAACUUAUGUUUUCCGAUGAUCAGCAAAAUGGUUCUCUCGAAUGGCUGUUACAGUGGCUUUCUUCCAAAUUUGUAAGCAAAGGUGACUUGCAAAUUUUAUUACGGGAUUUAGAGCUACAGAUUCUAAAGAAUAUUACACACCAUAUGUCCGUGACAAAAGAGAUUCCAACUUCUGAGGCAGUGGUAAAUGCUGUCAACAGUAUGGGGAUUUCUGGCAUAACAGAAGCGCAAGCACAUGUUAUCGUUAAUAAUGCUCUGAAGCUGUAUUCCCAGGACAAAACGGGGAUGGUAGACUUUGCUUUAGAAUCUGGAGGUGGUAGCAUUCUGAGUACUCGCUGUUCUGAAACAUAUGAAACCAAAACUGCUUUAAUUAGUUUGUUCGGGAUUCCUUUGUGGUAUUUCUCACAGUCUCCUCGGGUUGUAAUUCAGCCUGACAUUUAUCCAGGGAACUGCUGGGCAUUUAAAGGUUCUCAAGGAUACCUUGUUGUGAGAUUAUCAAUGAUGAUCCGUCCAACAGCUUUUACAAUAGAACAUAUACCAAAGACACUUUCACCAACAGGCAACAUCACUAGUGCUCCUAAAGAUUUUUCAGUCUACGGUUUAGACAAUGAAUAUCAAGAAGAAGGCAUGUUUCUAGGACAGUUUGUUUACGAUCAAGAAGGAGAAUCACUUCAGAUGUUUCAUGCAAUGAAGAGCCCUGGAAAAGCUUUCCAGAUUGUGGAACUUCGGAUUUUAUCUAAUUGGGGCCAUCCUGAAUACACAUGUCUCUAUCGCUUCAGAGUACAUGGAGAACCCAUCAAGUAAAAAUACCUUCUACGUUAUUUUUCUUGUACAUUUUUGUAUAUACCAAACCUGAAACACUGGAAUCCCUUGUGGAUGAGGGCAUGUUCUACCACAGGAUAAAAUUAUCCUUUGUAAUAAACUUCACAAGACUGCCAGCAAGACAACAUAUGAAAAUUCAACUGAUAAAAUAUUCUGAUGCUCAGCUUACCAUUGACAACUUUAUAUUAUACAAAUGGUCAUGCUGAGAAACUGCAUGCUGAAUACUCUGGUUCACAAAGAUCAGUUUAGCAAAACAGGUGAUGUCUCUUGUACCCAAUUUGAAUUGUAUUGUUAACUAAACCAUUUCCUUUUGUUUUUGAACUUCAGAAUCUAUUUUAACACAAAGUUCAUCUAUACACUUUUAUUUACCUGGCACCAGGAACAAGGCAAACAGACAUUAAAAUAUUUUAAAUGUUCCUUAAGAAUUUAGUCUCAGUUCUUUGCUUUUUUUUCACUAGAUUUUGAGGACUUUUUGAUAUAUGUAUUUCAUCUAUUAAAUCUUAUUUACUGUCAGGGAAAAAUAAUGCAACCAAAAUGUCUAAUUUUUUAUCAGCAACUCCUGUUCUUUAGGAUUAGUGAAGACUUGCCUUAACCCAGACAUAGAUGUUAAUUUACUUUGCCGUAUUUAGGGUUGGGUGGGAAGGGGGAAUGGGACAGAGACUGAGGAAGAAUACCUUUCAAAUUUAUUUUCUGGUUUGCUCUUAUUGACCCAGCUUUUCAAAGUGGUUAGUCUGUCUCCUAAUAUUGAUUGAGCAAAAUAAGGAAUUUUAUUUCAUUAGUGUAUUGAAAGGUCUUAGUUUUAAGAAUGAACUGGAUCUAAAAAGAACUCAAAUCUCAGGUCUGAAUGAUGUUUAUUACAAUUAAAUUAAUUGGGUUAUUCUGGGUUAUACACUAAGAAGAUAAGUUUAAGAUCUGAGAAAAGUAGAAUAUUUUGGUUUAGAAUUCUGCUAAAGAACCAAUGCUGAUAUGUUAACAGUUGUAUUUUUAUUCCACUGGUCACAUGUUAUUGAAAGUAUAUUAACUAAAAUAGCAGGCAGGUUCAGCUGCCAUUAUUAUAUUUUAAGGCCAUUGUUUUUCCCUACAAGAGCAUUUUUACUGGAUAUAAUUGGGGUUUGCAUUAUAUUAUACAACUGCAUGCAGCAUUCCUGCUUGACUGAUCCUUAGAGGCUUAUUUGGUUGUGAUUAACACUUAGUAUUUUAAACAUUUUAUUGGAAAGUCUUUAUAAAUGAAUUUUCUGCAAUUCACAUGAUCUAUACCAAUAUUUUACCUUGUCUGGUUUUUUGGGGGGGUCAGAACAGUUUGGGGUGUUAUCAUACAUGUUGUAUUUUCAGAAAAGGCUUAAAAUGAUGGUGCUGACUGUUUCCUGAAUAGAGUUUUAUGUAUAUUGCACAACAGUCCUCAAAUGUAUUUUAGAAACUCCAUAAAUCAGCAUUUGUUCACUCUUUUAAAAAGUGGAUCUAAUGCCUAUACAGAGAAGGUGGACAAAUAUGUACAGGUAUUUCAUAUAUUAUAGGUUAAAUAUAUAAAUCAAAAUUAUCCUGUGUAAAUUAAAUUUGGGGCCUGGGAUGGGAAUAUUUUGAAUACUAAUUUAUUUUUAAAGAUGCAAGAUAGGACUUUGUGCAAUGUAUUUUUGUAAAUGCUUUUCAAGAUUUUUGUCUUUGGUAGUGUUUCUUUUGCUGCCUCCAAAUUCACAAGAUGCUAUUGAGAUGUUUAAAUAAAGAGUUUUUAAUUUUUAAAAGUGCAUGUAAUAUUUCAAAUUAAUAAACAGUUUAUUUCUUUUCUCAGU